AUGCUCCCGCUCAGAGUGUGGCUUGGCAGCAGCGCCCCAGUGUCCAGGCUCCUGGGGCCGGGUCCCCACAGCCUCUUGGCCCAGCUGGUGGGGGACAUGCAGACACACCUGGAGGAGAUGGAGCGAAUGAGACACUCCCUCCUUCUGGCUUAUCCCCUUCUCUGCGGAGAGGGCGAGGGGAGGAGGACGCCGAGGCCGAGCAGCCAGUCCCUGGAUGAGGGUGCUGGGAAGGAGCCCGGCUCCCAGGCGCAGGGGAAGGACAAGUACCAGGUCUCCAUGGACGUGAGCGGCUUCUCCCCAGCUGAGCUGAUGGUGAGAGUGGACGGGAGGAAGCUGACCGUGACGGGGAAGCAUGAGAAGAAAACGGCGUCGGAGGCUGGGGUCUGCUCCCACGAAUACAGAGAGAUCCGCAGAGAAACUCUCCUGCCGGAAGACGUGAACGUGGAGGCCGUGCUCUGCUCCCUGUCCCAGGAUGGGCAGCUCUGCAUCGAGGCGCCACAUCUGGCCCUGCCCGCUGCAGGAGGGAGAGCCGUUCCCAUCAGCGUCUGCCAGGGAGUGAAGGCAGGAGAAGGAAACCUGGCCACGGAGGGAAAGGAGCCGGGGAGCAGUGAGAUGGAAACAGGAGGAGAGAGCGAGGAGACCAGCCCCAGAGAUUCCUGA